AUGUAAACCUUAACUACAGUCGAUUGUAUUUGUAAUUCGCAGCUACGAUACUUUUUUUUUUUUAUAAUUAAUAAACUUGUCCAUUUGACGCUUGGUUUGUAAAAUUAAACUAAAUGCUAAGCUACACGCACAUCAAUUAAAAUUUGUUAUUACUAUUACAAGAAAGCCAAUAAAAAUCGAACAUUCACAAUGGACGAAUCCGAUAAGUCGCAGCAAAACAUGAUAUCGAAUCUUCCGCUGCUGUUCGCAAAUGGAUAUCCGACAUCUUUAGAGAAAAUAACUGAAUCUCAACUAGAGAAUUUUAUACCAUUCAUGGUGCAAUGCUCUUUGGGACAUAUAAACCUACCAAAAAAAAUAGACUGCAGCGAGCCCGAGUGGUGGCCGGAAAAUGCAUCCUUUGGCAUUCCGUUAAAGAAGCCAAAAAACUUCGUUGGAAGCUGGAUAAAAAAGAUGAAGGAGAUUGUAGUAAUAUGUUACAAAUUUCAUAAAAGUCUAUUUCUGUUACGGUUUUGUAACGACUUAGCUGCUUAUGAGCACGCAAGCUUGAGGUUUAUCAACAACUACAAUUCCACUACAUCGCUAUACGACAGACGAAAUAAUAAAUUACUGGUUACAUUUCGCAAUGAAAAUAUGUCUUAUGAUCGACAGCAAAAAAAUAGAAAAUGUUUGUUACUACACAAAAACAAGACCGACCUGCAAGGAGAAGACUCAAACUAUAUGAUGGUUGAGCCGCCGCCGUUCGACAUUUAUCUGUGUGACAACUGUGAUGCUGAAUUAUAUUCCAAGGAAGCAAUCUUGGAACAUGAAAAAAUGUGUAUUAUGGAGGAUGAUGUAAUUUUAUGCGAUUCGCCCGAGCCGGAAAAUAAAAUUGAAGUUAAAAAUGAAAACGCAGAGCUGCGAAACGCUUUCCUUCUCAAUUUUUGUCUUCAGUCUAAGACGGCCAGUUGCAAUUACUCUAAGAAAAUACAAAGAACUAACACAAAUAACGAAGAAUUGGUUACAAUGACUUCGAGCAGAAAAAGACGCAUAUCAUCGCGAAGGAAUCGAGCAGUCCCGUCGCUUAACAGAUGUUCAUUUAUACCAAUAUCAUCUCCCGCUGGACAGAAAUUGUUGUCGUCAAUAAAGCAGACAAUAUCAAUGGAAUAUGUAUUUGAAAGACAGGAACGCUUAGAUCGCUUUUGUUAUACACCCUUAUUAGUUAAAUCAAAUAGUAAUCAUAAAAUCUUUGAGAAAAAGAGUUGUACAAAUAACAUACAUGUAACGUUUAAGAAACUGCAAUAUUUUAGUUCACACAUCUAUACUUUCCCGCGAAGACAGUUUAUACAACGUAGGGACCUUACUCAAAACUUUUUGUUUUUAAAUUCACCAUUGAUUAAAAAAUGCCGUCCAAUUUCGGUCAGAUUAAAAAAACUGACUGAUAAUAGCGGAGAGCAAUUUCCUAUAAAUAAUACUAAGCUAAAUAUUAGAUUAACACGCGAUACUUCACUUAAUUCCCAAUGGAGGAUUUCACCAUCCAGCGAGGUGAUCGUCGACACAAUUGAUUUGUGUUCGUCAGAUGAAGAUGAUCAGUCAAUUUCCUCUUCAAAUAAAGCAAAAGCAAAUAAGCUUGCGUUAAUGUCCUUAACAAAUAACAAAGAAAUCGCUGUCAUCCAAAAGAAUCAUUCAACGGAAACUGAAUGGAAUCCUCUACCCGAAUACUUACAAACAACAGAUGACAACUCGCUGAAACCCCUUAAGCAAUCGGUUUAUAUUUUUUCCAAUUACAAGACUAACUCGGAGCUUAACACAUUCAGUCUUGAGCCAAGAGCCAAUAGUUCAGCAAAAUCGUUAGUUCCCUCGAACGCAUUAUCACACUCCCACAAUCAGGAAAAUUGUAAUUUAUCAAAGAGGUUAGUGACUGUUUCUGAGUGGCGUGCCAGUUCAGAAAAGACGGAAAUAAAUCAAUCAGAUACCAUUGCUUUUGAAAAUAUGGCAGGUUUGCAAUCCUUUAACACAUCUGCUAGAAUUGUUUCCAUUGAUUUAACAACGUAAAAUUUACUGCUAAGUUUAUAUAAGUAAUAUACUAUUGUUAUUUCGUAAAAUAAAGUUUGUAAAUAUCUAAGAUUUUCCAACAAA